CCACUUUUUUUAAGAAACAAAGUGCAUACAAAUUUCCUUUCCCGUCUUCCAACGUCAACACUCUCUGAAGUAAAACACAACCACCACGUGACGUGGCACAUCAUCCUGUCACUAUCGCCGCCGGUAACACGUCACUUUACGGCGUAACAUUUCUCUUCCGCCAUGGCGGUGGUUAAGACGGCCAGUUCAUCUAACGACAAUACCGCUCCUCCGUCACAAUCAAUGGAUAAAUCACCGACAACUAAUUCAUCCACCGCCACCGACGAUCAUCCGUCGCCGGUCACCCGUUCUCCUUCCGUCGGAGCGCCGGAUCCGAUUGAUGUUUCUAGUUCGUCUCCUAAACCUAAUAGACAACUAGAAUUUCAGCCGUCUUUGAGGAGCGAAGAAUAUCGAUUACUGUUUCGUCUUCCUCCAGAUGAAGUUCUCAUCCAAGAUUUUAAUUGUGCAUUGCAAGAGAAUUUCAUUCUUCAGGGUCAUAUGUAUCUGUUUGUUCAUCACAUAUGCUUUUAUUCGAAUCUAUUUGGAUUCGAGACCAAGAAAGUAAUUCCUUUUGAUGAAGUUACCUUGGUAAAAAGAGCAAAGACUGCAGGAAUAUUUCCUACUGCCAUAGAGUUGAUAGCUUCCGAAAAAAAGUACUUUUUUACGUCUUUCUUAUCACGUGAUGAAGCUUUUAAGCUCAUUAAUGAUGGUUGCAUGGAACAUGGUUAUGGAACUAAAGUUAUUUCCGAUCAGCAGGACUCAAAAUCUGAGUUGAUUGAUGAAGAGCCUGAAAUCAUCACGAUUGAAGAUUCAGAUGUAGCUAGACCUUUAGGGGAAGAAUUGGAAACUACAAAUAGAAACACAGGUGACUAUAUGUCAGAAGAUCCCAGUGGUUCACCUGUCAUUGAAGCUGAAGUGCCGGUGACAUCUUCCAUAGUGCAAGAUCCUGUAGCCGAAGAUAAUGUUGUCACUCAAAAUGGUGAUUGUUCAUCUUCUGGAAAAUCUUCAGUAUGGGAAAUUGAGGAUGUUGAUGCACCCGAUGUCUCUGAGGAUUAUAUACUGGCUGCAGAAUCCACAUUUCCGAUAAAGGUGGAUGAGUUCUUUUGUUUCUUUUUUGCUGACGAUGCCCUCCCUUUUCUUGAAUCUUAUCACAAUAAAUGUGGAGAUAAAGAUCUUCGGUGCACGACAUGGAAGCCCCAUGACCAACUUGGGCAUGUUCGUGAAGUAGGGUUCCAGCAUCCAAUCAAAGUUUAUUUUGGUGCAAGAUAUGGUACCUGCAACGAAGUGCAGAACUAUCGCGUUUACAGAAACAGUCAUUUGGUUGUGAAGACAUCACAAGUGGUCAGUGAUGUUCCCUAUGGAGACUACUUUACCGUGGAGGGGCUAUGGGAUGUAGUAGCAGACUCGAAUAAUAGUUGCACAUUAAAAGUUUAUGUGAAUGUCGCAUUCGUCAAGAAAACGAUGUGGAAAGGAAAAAUAGUGCAGGCUACAGUUGACGAGUGCCGAGAUACUUUUGCAGCCUGGAUAGAACUUGCAAAUGGCUUGUUGAAACAGAAGAAUGUUGAUAAAGAAGCCAACUUGAUCACUGAAGUAAAUGUAGAGGCACGAGUUCAAACCCCCGACCAAUCAGAAACGCCACCUCAGGGAAGGGAUUUGACAGUGGCAAGCACGAUUUCACAGUCUCAGGAAGUGCCACCUGUCAGCACAUCAUUACAAGGAUCUUCAAGUGGUUCUGCCACUGCUGCAUCCCUGGUCAGAGAUGCCAUUUCAAAAUUAACAUCAUCUUUCAAGUUACAGAACCGUGUCCCAUCCUAUGUUGUUAUCCUCCUGGCUAUGGUUAUCCUUCUCAUGCAGAUAAGCAUUGUGGUGCUGCUGCUCAGACCGCAAACUGUCCACGUAGUUUCUGACACUGCCUGGAUGAGCAGUACUCGUAUAGACAGAAGGGCAGAAACGGUUUCAUUACUAAGCAAACAGAUUGACCAUCUUAAAGAGGAGAUGCUUAUCGUUGAGACAUUAAUAGAGAAAAUGAGACAUGAGCAUGAUAUGUUGACUGUUCAGCUCAAAAAGUUGAUGCUUCGGAAAAGUUAGCAUCUUGAUGUAUAUCGCACUAAAUACGAAACAGAAGUUUGUCGUGUGUAUUCAUCCUCUUCUUUCCUUCUGCUUUUUUAUUCAUAAGUCGAUAUGCCGGUGAUAAAACUGUAAUGAGUUGUGAACAUUUUAUAGUUAUACCAAAAGGAUGUAUAGUGGUGGUUGUAUUGGUUAUGCUCAGAGACAGCUUUGCUUUUAACGUAGAGCAUUGAACAAUGUGGUUUUUUAGCGAGAAUGCAUAUAGAGUGGUUUCAUA